UGCAACUAAAAAGAACAAAUCUUUUUUGCGUCGCCUGUGUUCCUUGCUAGAAGACACAUUGAUGAGGUUAUCAGCCGCCACCGAUUUUAGUCAAGAUAUUAUUUAUUAUCGAUUUACGCAGCGAUGAGAGUCAAUCAUCAAGAUGAGAUGAGAAUUGCGGGACGUGUAAAGACGAUGUGGUGCUUGUAAGACUCUCGCGUGUGUAACUCUUCGCGUUUGACAGGUAUUAUCAGCCGACUGAGUUAUCAAUCAGUGACAGCAAACAUGAUCAAAUACAUCUGGACUUUGGUGUGCUGGUACUUCAGGCACGUGAUAAAAGGAUUCUUGCGCUGGACCACGCAGAUGUGUGAGCUACAAAGGAUCUGUUAUGUCCAACCGUCCGGAGCGGCGCGAGUGUUCGCUAUCGAAGGAUCCCUCGGGCGGUCACGCGAUGCAUACAUUAGGACUCUCGUCGCUUACCUGAACGACAUCGCCGAUAAACGAGGAAUAACCACGAAAACCGAGCGCAAGAUCCUGGAAGAUGCCAUUAGAACUGUGCUGGUAACCAAGAAGGUAAAUCCCAAGGCGCAUCCGGACUUUGCCAAAUCGUUCGGUAAGUGCGUGGAAUUGAUCUGGGGUUAUCGUCAGUUGUGUGUGGAGUGUGAGGAGCUCAGGAAGACGCCAUACAGUACGGACAAUCCGGACCAUGAACAACUGUUGCUCAAGUUAUGGAAUUUAUUGAUGCCAUAUGAACCUCUAGAAGCAAGGGUGACCAAGCAGUGGCAACAGAUCGGCUUUCAAGGCGACGAUCCAAAGACUGAUUUUCGCGGAAUGGGAAUCUUGGGACUGGAGAAUCUCGUUUACUUUGCUCAAGAGUAUCCUAGCAUGGCCACGCAUGUGUUGUCCCAUUCUAAUCAUCCACGUUACGGUUACGCAUUUGCCAUUGUUGGUAUAAAUCUCACAAGCAUGGCUCUGAAGUUACUGAGAGAUGGGAGCGCUAAAACUCACAUAUAUAAUUCCUCGAAAACGCUGCCGACGAUUCGUGCCUUUCAUCAGUUCUAUUGUUACCUGUUUUAUGAAUUUGAUGGAUUUUGGAUCGAGUCAAAACCUAAUAAUAUGAUGGAAUUCUCAUCGAUACAAGAGAAGUUUGAGAAGAGCAUAAGAAUGGCAUUAACUAAUCCAUCAACUGUUUUUAGGAUAAAUGUGGCAGUUGACAAUAUUUAACACGAAUACAAAUGCCUUUUACAUAUAAGAAAACCAAAAUGGCUAUAUAAAAAAUAAGUGCAAUUUUUGGACUAGCAUAUGUAAAAUUUAUUUUCUAUUAUAUAUUUACACAAUGUCAGCUUUGUUGUGAUAUUAAAAUGACAUUUGAGUAAAUAAUAGAGGUAGAUUUCCGCAUUACAGAGAUUUCUGCUUUUACUUUGGCAAUAUAUACGUGAUUAAAAUCUUAAUAUCGUAUAUUUUAUUAUAUUUUUCUUUUUUUAAGUUUAUGCAAAUUUAUGUAAGUGGGUAU